AUGUCGACCUAUAGAGAACUGGAGCGCGAGGAGGGCGACUUCUCUGAUAAGAAGCUUCUCACAGGCUGGUUCUCCUUAACCGUGGGACAACUACAAUAUGCUGCAUUCAUGGCCGUAGGAAUCGCGUUGCUUUGGCCUUGGAAUUGCUUUCUAUCAGCUUCAGACUUCUUUGGAGAGCGGUUGCAAGAACACAAGUGGCUCUCUGCUAACUAUUCAUCGUCCAUGAUGACCAUUUCAACGUUGACCUCAACGUUAUGCAACGUGUUUUUGUCCCAAAAGCAAAGUGGGGUAGAUUAUUCAAAGAGACUCGUCAUGGGCCAAACAAUCACCAUAGUCGUAUUUGCCUUUAUGGGUCUGCUGUGCGUAUGGAAUACGGGGCUAGAUCCAAUAAUAUUUUUUGUGUUGGUCAUGAUUAAUGUUGCACUGAGUUCAGUAGCUGUGUCGUUAUCACAGGUCGGUGCUAUGGCGAUCGUGAAUGUGUUGGGACCAAUAUAUGCUAAUGCUGUGGUUGUGGGGAAUGCUGUUGCUGGUGUGCUACCGUCCAUCGCUCUGAUUAUUAGCACUGCCCUGUCGGGAACUCAUGUGGCUGGAAAGUUGCAACCUAAAAGAGAUUAUGCAGUUAUGGCAUACUUUUUGACUGCCUGUGUCGUUAGUGGUAUUGCAUUAGUUCUUUUUGGGUUGGCAGAGUCACAUGGCCCAAUCGACGUUGUUGCUGCACCUGUUCAUACUUCUUCUACUGCUGAUGAGGCUAUUGAAGAACUAGGUAUCCCUUUAGAAGAGGAGGAGUAUGUUCCCUUUUCAACUCUGUGGGCCAAACUUCGUUUUGUUGCACUCACAAUAUUUACAGUCUUUGGGGUUUCUUUGGUCUUCCCAGUCUUUGCAUCGAGUAUUGUUUCCGCCAACGGAAUCAACAGUCGCAUAUUUGUCCCCUUGGCAUUCCUACUCUGGAACCUUGGUGAUUUAGCAGGUCGAUUACUAUGUGCUUAUCCCAGAUUUGUCACGCGAUCUCCCAUAAAAUUAUUUAUUUUCUCCUUAGCAAGAUUUCUUUACAUCCCGCUAUUUGCAAUUUGCAAUAUCCGAGACAAGGGAGGCCUCAUACAGUCAGAUGUUCUAUACCUCCUAUUCCAGCUUUCCUUUGGAAUAUCCAAUGGAUUGAUUUACUCCUCAGCAUUCAUGAUUGUAGGAGACAUAGCUUCUGGAGAAAAUGAACAGAAAGCUGCUUCAGGUUUUACUGCUGUAUUUUUGAGUCUUGGUCUGGCAUGUGGGUCAUUAGGAAGCUACCUGGUUGUAGCAUUUAUUCUUUAG